GCCGCCGCCGCCGCGCCGCUCCGCCGGCUACUCCUCCGCAUCCGCGACCCGCCGCCGCUCCCCUUCAACGCGCUCCUCUCCCGCCUCCCACCACACCCCCAGCAGGGCCCCACCUCGAGCCCGGUUCCGCCUCCGCUCUCGGCCUCGACGCCGGCCCGAAUGCCGCCCGCGAGCCUCCGCGACGCCCUCCUCUCCUUCCACCCGGGCCUCCAGAUACACCCGUGCCUAGAUCCGAUCGGGGACGCCCCCCCUGUUGAGGAGGGCGGCGGAGAGGCGGCGGAGGUGUGGGCGGACAGCGUGAAGAAGAAGCGCAAGCGCAAGAUGAACAAGCACAAGCUCCGCAAGCUCCGGAAGCGACUCCGCCGCCAGACAUGAGCUCUCUCUCCGCUCCGGUUAGACCUCUCGCCAUUGCGUUAAGUCUUCUGAUUUGACCUCUCCUUUGGUUACUGAUCCGUAGAGUGAGGCAGAGGAAUUACAGGUGAAUGAUAGAGAGAGCA